CCGUCACUGCGGGCCGGACGCUGCUCGGGGGACGCUCGGGGUUGGGCAGAGGUGCUAGCGGCCGGGAGGGAGCUCGGGCUACUGAGGAGUCCGAGCCCAGGUCGCGGGUGCUCGCCCUCGGGACCCCUACGGGGAAGAAGGCUGAGAAGCGGCCGGAGGCCCCGGCGGACAUCCCUCCCCAGCCACGAUGGCGGAGCCCGAGCUGCUGCUGGACUCGAACAUCCGCCUCUGGGUGGUCCUGCCCAUCGUCUUCAUCACCUUCUUCGUGGGUAUGAUCCGCCACUAUGUGUCCAUCCUCCUGCAGAGUGACAAGAAGCUCACCCAGGAGCAGGUGUCCGACAGUCAAGUCUUAAUUCGAAGUAGAGUCCUCAGGGAAAAUGGAAAAUACAUUCCCAAACAGUCUUUCUUGACAAGAAAGUAUUAUUUCAACAACCCUGAAGAUGGAUUUUUCAAAAAAACAAAGAGGAAGGUAGUACCUCCAUCUCCCAUGACAGAUCCCACGAUGCUCACAGACAUGAUGAAAGGAAAUGUAACAAAUGUACUACCUAUGAUUCUUAUUGGUGGAUGGAUCAACAUGACUUUCUCAGGAUUUGUCACAACCAAAGUCCCAUUUCCUCUGACUCUUCGAUUUAAACCCAUGUUACAGCAAGGAAUUGAAUUGCUCACUUUAGACGCCUCCUGGGUAAGUUCUGCAUCCUGGUACUUCCUCAAUGUGUUUGGACUCCGAAGCAUUUAUUCCCUGAUUCUGGGCCAAGACAAUGCUGCCGACCAGUCUCGAGUGAUGCAGGAACAGAUGACAGGAGCCGCAAUGGCCAUGCCAGCAGACACCAACAAAGCUUUUAAGACCGAGUGGGAAGCUUUGGAGCUCACUGACCAUCAGUGGGCACUCGAUGAUGUUGAAGAAGAGCUCAUGGCCCAGGAUCUCCAUUUUGAAGGCAUGUUCAAAAAGGAGUUACAGACAUCCCUCUUCUGAAGGUUGAGGGGGUGGUUAAGCCAGUACUGGCACACUAUUGGGAGCUCAAACAAGUCCUAAGAUUUUUUUUGUUUGUAUUUGAAAAGCUCAGAAUAAAGAGGAGCAUAGGCUGGACACCUAACUGGGGCCUGUUCUUGUCUGAACUUGUCUCCCUUUUUAUAUCUGAAGUCACAAGAAGUAAAGCCUUCCGCAUGACUUGGAGAACUGUUUUAAAAAAUAGUUUGUUUUCCAGCUCAUGUCUCUGGUAAUAGCAGUUAAUAAGGGGGGAAGGUUACAAAGUGAGAGCAUAAACAAAAGGAAGAUUGAACCUUUUGCCAAAAAGGGGCCACUUCUCAAUAAAUAACAUUAGGUGCAGCUGAUCUUUAUCUGGAGUCCAAAGAACUUUAAAGUCUUUUCUUUCUGACCUCCAACAACACAUUUUAUGGCCCGUUACAGUUUAAAAAGCUGUAGUUAGGUCAGGCAUGCCUUGGAUAGAUAAUUAUUCCUAGUUUCCCAGGGUAGACGCAGAGACUUGGUACUUUUGCCCAGUGUUGUGCAGUCAUAACUGGGGGCUAGGACUACUGAUCCCCACUCCCUUUAACCUGAUCGGCAACUUCCUGGGAGUAUGGGGUGGAGGUAGCCCCAUCUUCUCCAUCUACAGAGAAAGUUGGUGUCCAUGUGUUGGGUCCUGUAUAGUUCUGAAGUGUCUUCUCAAACAUCGAAGGCAAGUUCAGGGAUGGUCAGUCUUCUCCUAAUGUUGAGUAGAUUUUAUUACAGUCCAACUUUUUGGUAAUUUGUAAUUUGUGCCCUCACCAUCAUUAUUCUUAAUUAAACCACUCCAUUCCCUGAGGAUUAUUGUAAAUAAAUGGGAAUACUGCUUGAUAAUAGUGACGUGGGCAGUUGCCAGUUUCAUUUUAUCCAAACACAUGUUAUGGGCUGAGCAGUGGUCAUUUUACUUGGUUAAAUGUAAUAGAGGAAACAGUUUGUGUUGUUUUUACACUGUGGUGAACCUCUUCGUGUAAUGAGAGUUGUAACUAAUAAAAAAGCCUAAUCAGCUCUACAAAUUAAA